AUGCUGGACUCGGAGCUGCAGGAGCCACCGGCCAAGGUCCGCCGAACGGCCGAAUCGCCCGACUUUUCAGAUAAAGUCUCCCGAACAAUAGCGGUUUGUCUCCGAUGUCGCAAGAAAAAGACAAAGUGCGACCGCAAACUUCCACAGUGUCUGCGUUGUGUGAAGGCACAGGUGCCGUGCAUCAGUAUUGAUCCAUUGACGGGCGCAGAGACGCCGAGAUCGUACCUUCUAUACUUGGAACAACGGGUGCAAAGUUUGGAGGAUGAGUUGGCGCGGCGCGAGAAUGGAGUGGGUUCGCGAGUAAAUAUGUUGGCGGCAGCCGUUCCGGGAACGGCGGCGACGACGGCGGCCGCGGGUACAGCCAGUUAUAGCUCUCCUGGUGGAGCAGGUGUAGAUGUUCAUAGCAAGAGCGAAAGCCAGGCGAUGGGCUAUUCCGCGCUGGUGAAGUCCGAUUUGGCGUCGGAUAAGGUCGUGGUUCCUGCGUCGGAGCUGUACAUUGGCUCUUUGCCAGGAGUGACGUUCGCCAAGCUUAUGAUGACAGCCUUGAAGAUGAAAAAUCUAAAUCUGGCGGUGGAGCCGACACGCAACAUGUCGACUGCUGCUCCUCCUGUAGUUCAUUCUGCCAUGCUUCCUCCCAAAGCCACAGCCGAGCAGUUUCUCCAUAUCUAUUUCACCCAGAGUAACAGUCAGCUACCGAUCUUGCAUCGAGAAGUGUUUCUUCGAAAGUAUUUCGAGCCCAUAUACGGCCACUGGGAGAGCCAGCUAGAUUUGGGCGCGCUGGUGCCUCGAAGCAGGGGACACCAAGAUAUACCGAGGGAAAAUACCUGGUUCUACAACUACAAACUGUACCUAAUGCAGAUGCUUAAUGGGCACGGGCACGAGUCGGAAUUGGCUCAGAAUAUCUCGGACUCGAUGGAAGUUCCUUUGCAGUACCACAAGCCGCUUUUCUUCCUCAACAUCGUUUUUGCCUUGGCAUCUCUGGCUAACCAUCUCCAGUACGUAAGCACAAUCAGUGAGCUGUUCAAGACCAGUGCGUUCAAGUACCUCGAACAUGCAGAGCUGGGAGACGAUCCUCUAGAAAACUUGGAAAUCACCUUGCUCAUGGCUCUUUACUCCCUCAUGCGUCCCGCUGUCCCUGGUGUAUGGUACGUCUUGGGCAAAGCUCUACGGGUCUGUGUCGAUCUAGGGCUUCACAACGAGAGUACCGAUAAGGCUGAUAAAACUACUGCUUUUGUCAAGGAACGCAGGCGAAGACUCUUCUGGUGUACAUACUCUCUCGAUAGACAAGUGUGCUUUUAUUUGGGACGACCCGUUGGAAUCCCUGAAGCAUCCAUCAAGACGCCAUUCCCGGCCGAGCUUGACGAUUCGCUAAUUCGAGAAGAAGAGACGGUGAUUUCCGACUAUGCAACUGUACCUGGUCGCGGCCGAACAUCAAUUACCAUUGCGCUAAUGAUCUUUUGCAUCCGUCAAAUACAGCUGGAAGUGCAGCGAACGUUGUACGAAAAUGAAGAGCUACCAAGAAGGUUCAAAGAUAUUGGCGAAUGGAGACAUUAUAUUCACAGCAAGCUAGAGAGAUGGUGGAGCUCUACGCCAAAACACUCACUGGACACUGCUUGCGGCUUCAAUGUUGAGUAUUUCACAUUGAACUACAACCAUACAAGAUUGAUGAUCGACGGCCUUUCGCCAACAUGCUACAGUCUUACUAAAGACGCCUACAUCCGGGUUUCGGAAGCUACUCGCAAUGUCAUGGGCUGCUACACGCAGUUGUACAUUAAAAAGGCCAUCAACUACACAUGGGCUGCGGUUUAUAAUCUUUUCAUGGCGGGCACGUCUUUUCUCUUCGCUGUCUACCACUGUGAUGAGGUCAGAGCUAGGCACAGCGAGCAGGAUGUGAAGAAGAUUACAGGCCACUGUGUAGUCAUUCUCACUCUGAUGAGGGAGUCGUGUAGUGCAGCUCAGGCAUGCGCGGAAAUGUACCACACGCUUUCCGGAGCCGUACUCAAGCUUCGCUACGGAAGUGCGCCAGGUCCCGAGAGAUCUGAGCCGCUGGAGGAGUCGACCUCGACUUCAACAACCCUGGAGAACCGAAUGAAGGUUGGAGCAAUUGUUCACGAGUAUGAGCAGGAGGAAUUGGCAUCCGCAGAAUGGGCUGCCAGAUGGCCCGACCAAGGCUUCAGCCCUGAAGAUCCGCUGAGCCUUGUCAACCUAUACCCAGGCAAUUUGGACGUCUUCUUUGAGGAGCUCAUCAAUAUGUCUCCAUCGGAAGCGCACACGCCAAGGGAAAACACGGCAGAGGCAUACGAUGUUGGAACGAAUACCAGAGAAGGGAAGAAGGUGCUUGAAUUGAUCCAGCAGGUUCCGGGCGAGCCAAUCUGGGAUCAAUUUUUCAGUUCGAACGAGGGUCGAAGCUCCUUCUCAUGA